CCCGCGAGGUUCCAGAGGGUGGGUGGAGGCUUGGCCCUAGCUAGAGCGUCUAGAAAACAGUGUGAGCGCGGGCGGGUGCUGGUUUUGAGAUGCGAGUAUUGGGUGUAGCGAUGAGAAAUGAGAAUUGGCGCUGUUCCUGAAUUCUCGCUGCCCUUCUUUCUCCUUUUCUCCGCACACUGGUCAAAAGGAUGGAUUUUACAGAGGCCUACUCUGACACAUGUUCCACAGUUGGACUUGCUGCCAGGGAAGGCAAUGUUAAAGUCUUAAGAAAACUGCUCAAAAGGGGACGUAGUGUUGAUGUUGCUGAUAACAGGGGAUGGAUGCCAAUUCAUGAAGCAGCUUAUCACAACUCUGUAGAAUGUCUCCAGAUGUUAAUUCAUGCAGAUUCUUCUGAAAACUACAUUAAGACAAAGACUUUUGAGGGCUUCUCUGCAUUACAUCUUGCUGCAAGUCAAGGACAUUGGAAAAUCAUACAGAUUCUUUUAGAAGCUGGAGCAGAUCCUAAUGCAACUACUUUAGAGGAAACCACACCACUGUUUUUAGCUGUUGAAAAUGGACAGAUAGAUGUGUUAAGGCUGCUGCUCCGAUAUGGAGCAAAUGUUAAUGGAUCCCAUUCUAUGUGUGGAUGGAACACCUUGCACCAGGCUACUUUUCAGGAAAAUGCUGAGAUCAUAAAAUUACUUCUUAAAAAAGGAGCAAACAAGGAAUGCCAGGAUGACUUUGGAAUCACACCUUUAUUUGUGGCUGCUCAGUAUGGCAAGCUAGAAAGCUUGAGCAUACUUAUUUCAUCAGGUGCAAAUGUCAAUUGUCAAGCCUUGGAUAAAGCUACUCCCUUAUUCAUUGCUGCUCAAGAGGGCCACACAAAAUGUGUGGAGCUUUUGCUGUCCAGUGGGGCAGAUCCUGAUCUUUACUGUAAUGAGGAUAAUUGGCAGUUACCUAUUCAUGCAGCUGCACAAAUGGGCCAUAUAAAAAUCUUGGACUUGCUAAUACCGCUUACGAACCGGGUCUGUGACACUGGACCAAACAAAGUGAGUCCUGUGUACUCGGCAGUGUUUGGAGGGCAAGAAGAGUGCCUGGAAAUGUUACUUCAGAAUGGCUACAGCCCUGAUGCCCAGAUGUGCCUUGUCUUUGGAUUUAGUUCUCCCAUGUGUAUGGCUUUCCAAAAGGACUGUGAGUUCUUGGGAAUUGUGAAUAUUCUUUUGAAAUAUGGAGCCCAGCUAAAUGAACUCCAUUUGGCAUACUGCCUGAAAUAUGAGAAGUUUUCAGUAUUUCGCUACUUUUUGAAGAAAUGUUGCCCAUUGACACCAUGGAGCCACAUAUCUGAAUUUAUACAUCAUGCAGUUAAAGCACAGACAAAAUAUAAAGAAUGGUUGCCAUCUCUCCUGCUUGCUGGAUUUGACCCACUGAACCUACUCUGCAGUUCUUGGAUUGACUCAGUUAGCGAUGACGUCCUUAUCUUUACUUUGGAAUUUACUAAUUGGAGGAGACUUCCUCCAGCUGUUGAAAAGAUGCUCUCUGCUCGUGCUUCAAACUCCUCUUGGGCUCUGCAGCAACAUAUUGCCUCUGUUCCAUCACUGACCCACCUUUGUCGUUUGGAAAUUCGGUCUAGUCUAAAACCAGAACACCUACGAUGUGAUAAUUUUAUCCAUCAGUUGCCUCUUCCCAGAAGCCUACAUGAUUAUUUGCUGUAUGCAGAGGUUCUGAGGAUGAAUGAAAUUCCAGAACUGGCAGUUAUUCAAGAUGAAGAAAUCAGUGAAGCUACUUAACACAGCUCAUGUCUUGGUCUGAAAACCACUAAGACAAGGAGCCAUGGAGUAUAAAUUCUUCAUGAUUUCAUGGUCACAAAAGAUGAUUUUUAUUUAUAUGAUUGAUUAAUGCAAAUGUUUACAACUAGGUUUCUUGGUUUAAAUAAAAAAGCUAUUGUAAACCUCCCUUAUGUUACUUUAUUGCGGUUUCAUUACCAGUACACUUUGUUGUAGUAUUCAUUUACCUAGCCAUUUUCUGCUUUAUUCUGUUAAUAAACUGUGGUGCUGCUUCUAGUGCUAAACAUGACAUAUUUCCUGCAAUGAUUCUGUGUUGCCUAGAGCUAGGGCUCAGGAUGGAAUGCAUCCGUCUUCACUGAAAGUGUGCAUAGCGGAGUUGAAUCUGUUAUUUUAUUUGAGGUUGAGUAUCUCUUAUGUUUAUAAAAGAACUAUCUUAUAUUCCAUUUUCAUGUUUUAAUUCAGUCACUGUUAUAAAGAAUUGAAAUUCAUUGGCUUUUCACAGGUAAACUCAGGGAGAAUUCUUUUUUUAAAAUGAAUCAUUUUGCUCUUUUUUCCAGUUCCUUGAUACUCUCUUUAGCUAAAUGCAAAGGCAAGAAUAGACCUGAAUGCAAAGAUAUGCUUAGUUGAAAAAAAAAAAAUAGGUUGGUAUUUGAGAUAAAUGUGUGUUUUACCAACAUUUACGUUAUUAGGAGACUGGAAGAGGCAUUUCUGAAAUACCAUCUUUAAAGAAAGAUAUGUAUUCCUGAAUCACUCAGUAUCAAAUAAAACUCUAAAGCUCCAUUCAGCCUCCAAAUCAGAGAGCAGCUUUGAUCCUAUGAAGCAGUGAUUGCUGGUUCUAUUAAUAUUAUAGCGUGUCUCCAUUUUACUAUCUAGAUAUGUUUCAAAUAGUCCAUGAAAUUUACACCUUAGAAUCCUAAGUUAAUGAGACACUGCCUCAUUAGUUUUACAAUUGUUUGAUCUGAAUCUAGAGUCAGAGAGGACUAAAUACCGAAUCAAGAGAGCUGUGAUAAGCAGCUGGGGGCACCAGCCUUGCGAGAAAGGUUAUGAAAACAUUACUGUAAUAAUAGACCCAGAAGUGGGGCCCAAAGGAGGACAAGUAUUCUGUCCUGUUGGGAUCCUGUGACUUAAAAUAGAUGGGAGUGGGUCAGCCAGAUCCAUCUCUGAUAGCUGUUUGUUAUUUGAUUAAAAAAAAAAAAAAGGCAGUGAUGACUGGAUACCAAGUGAUGCAGACAUUUUUAAGGUCCAGGGAGAUGACUAAACUCAGCCCUGGUUGCUGCCUAUGGGAUGGAGAUAGAGUUUGAAUAUGGGAAUAUGGGCAGGAAUAAGGGUGGAUAUGGAAAAAACAGGUGGAAAUUAUAAUAGUUAAUAAAUUUUUAAAAAGUAUGUACUAUGUAAUAUUUUAAAAAUGUUGUCCACAUCUUUAUUUUUCCAAACCCUACCUAUGCUCUGAUUUUAAAACAACCAGUUUUUUGUUAGGGUCCACUGUACAUAGAAUGUUUAUAAUGUUUAUAUUUGAGGGUGAAUCUUCUCACGUGUUUUUGUUCAUGUUAAAAUAUGCAAUAAAAAACUAUUCAUACCUUA